GAAUAGAAGACAGACGAAGACGAAGAUACAGCAGAAUUCCAUUCUUUCCCUUCUCCGAAUUCAACAACCUGACACCGCCGAAGUUCAUCUCUCCAUUCCUGAAACAAUGGCCGUCUGCAAAGAUGACAUCGAGAUACCGAAGCCUCGUACGGACAAGAGGGAGUACCGGCGGAUCGUCCUCAAGAACUCCCUCCAAGUCCUCCUCAUUGGCGAUUCGGAAACCGACAAGUGUGCUGCUGCUAUGGGUUGGUGUUGGUUCCUUCUCUGAUCCUGAUGGUCUCAAGGGCGUCGCCCAUUUUCUCGAGCACAUGCUGUUCUAUGCUAGUGAGAAGUAUCCCUUGGAGGAUAGUUACUCAAAGUACAUUGCAGAGCAUGGAGGCAGAACAAAUGCCUUCACAGCUUCUGAGAGUACUAACUUUCAUUCUGAUGUUAAUAUUGAUGGUUUUGAAGAGGCCUUGGACAGGUAGGCACUGCUUGAUUAAUUCUCUGAUUUUGAUUAAUUCUCUAUCUGGUUGGAUUAGUUUUCCUGAUUUAUUCUUCAGAUUUGCACAGUUCUUCAUUAAACCAUUGAUGUCAGCCGACGCAACCAUGAGGGAAAUCAAAGCAGUUGAUUCUG